CAAUCCUUCAACUCUCAAGCUCUUCUCUUUCUUAUUCUUCUAGCAUUCUCUCCAUUUCUCCGAAAAAAUGUCUAUUAUCAAACUCUGUGUGAGAAGUAUCCUUCUUUCCGAGACAGAUCAGAGAACACUGAUAUCGUGGUGGAGAUCUCUCUGCAGCCCUGGAAGGUGUUCAAGCCAGACGGUGUGCUUCUGUUCUCAGACAUUCUCACUCCUCUCUCUGGAAUGAACAUACCUUUCGACAUUGUCAAAGGAAAAGGUCCCAUCAUCUUCAGCCCGCCGCAAUCAGCUGCUGAUGUUGAUCAAGUUAGAGAGUUCGUACCUGAGGAGUCUGUUCCUUACGUUGGAGAAGCACUCAAAAGAUUAAGAAACGAGGUGGGGAAUGAAGCUGCUGUUCUUGGUUUUGUUGGAGCUCCAUUUACUCUUUCCUCCUAUGUAAUCGAAGGUGGCUCAUCUAAGAACUUCACACAGAUCAAAAGAUUAGCUUUCUCUCAACCUAAGGUUCUACAUGCUUUACUCCAAAAGUUCACAACCUCGAUGAUCACAUACAUACGCUACCAAGCAGACAACAGAGCUCAAGCAGUUCAAAUCUUUGACUCCUGGGCUACGGAGCUAAGCCCUGUGGACUUUGAGGAGUUUAGCUUACCUUACCUUAAACACAUUGUGGAAGCUGUGAAGCAAACUCACCCACACCUACCUUUAAUACUCUACGCGAGUGGAUCAGGAGGGUUACUAGAGAGACUGGCUCGGACCAGUGUGGAUGUUGUGAGCUUGGACUGGACUGUGGACAUGGCUGAAGGAAGGGACAGGUUAGGGAGAGACAUAGCGGUUCAAGGAAACGUGGAUCCGGGAGUUUUGUUCGGUUCUAAAGAGUUUAUCACGAGCAGGAUUGAAGAUACUGUGAAGAAAGCUGGGAGAGAGAAACAUGUUCUGAAUCUAGGGCGUGGUAUUAAAGUUGGAACGCCUGAAGAGAACGUUGCACACUUCUUUGAGGUUGCUCACGGAAUUAGACAUUAAAAGAGAACAAGUACACAUUCCCUUACACUAUGUUUUGUUCUUAGAGAUGUGUAAUCUUUCGUGUUUUGGAAAUUAAAUGGAAGAGAAUAGCGAUUACACAUCUAUUAAAAUGAUGUUUUUGUACUUCACCUCCCUCCCAGACGCAAGUUAAUGUCAAUGAUCCUGUUCCUGACU